AUGGCAGAAACCGAGAAAAAGAAGAAGAAAAAGGUGGAAGAGCUGUACAUAAAGCCAGAGGAGUCCCAAAAACCAAUUGACACGUCUAAGUGGCCGCUGCUGCUGAAAAACUAUUCGAAGCUGCUGGUCCGGACGGGUCACUACACUCCUUUGCCCUUCGGAUGCUCACCGAUGACUCGGCCACUAGACGCUUAUCUGCUCUAUGGCAUUCUCAACUUGGACAAGCCUGUGAACCCUUCCAGUCACGAGGUGGUCUCCUGGAUUAAGCGGAUUAUGAACUGCGAGAAGACCGGACACUCGGGCACUUUGGAUCCCAAGGUUUCCGGAUGCCUUCUCGUUUGCCUGAACCGGGCAACGCGCCUCGUCAAAGCCCAGCAGUCCGCAGGCAAAGAGUACAUUGCUGUGGUCCGCUUCCACUCUGAUGUUGGCAGCGCGUCCAAGGUUCAGAAGGCGCUGGACGAGCUGACUGGCGCGUGCUUUCAGAGGCCCCCGGUAAUUUCGGCGGUUAAGAGGCAGCUGCGGGUUCGUACCAUCUACGAGGCCAAGCUGCUUGAGUACAACGCGAAAAGACAAAUGGCAGUCGUUUGGGCUUCCUGCGAGGCGGGGACCUACAUCAGAACUCUUUGCGUUCAUCUUGGCUUCAUGCUGGGUGUCGGCGCACACAUGCAGGAGCUUCGGCGAAAUAGGUCCGGUGUUCUUGACGAGCACAAAUACAUGUCCACGAUGCAUGACGUGCUCGACGCGCAGUACAUGUACAAUAACAUGCGGGAUGAGAAGUACUUGCGCAGAGUGGUGAUGCCAUUGGAGCUCAUCCUCACGAACUAUCCACGGAUUGUUGUCAAGGACAGCGCCGUGAAUGCCAUUUGCUACGGAGCGCAGCUCAUGAUCCCAGGAGUACUGCGGUUUGAGCAGCAGAUUGAGGUUGGUUCAGAAAUCGUCAUGAUGACGACCAAAGGAGAGGCGAUUGCCACUGGUAUUGCCCAAAUGACCACGGCAGUGAUCGCAUCCGUCGAUCAUGGCGUCGUGGCCGUGAUUAAACGUGUUAUCAUGGAGCGCGACACGUACAACAUGCGAUGGGGCUACGGCCCACGCUCAAGCGACAAGAAGAAACUCAUCCUUGCCGGAAAGUUAACAGAAAAGGGCAAGCCCAAUGAGAACACGCCGAAAGCAUGGCUCUUGGGGCAGGGAAGGUGGAGCUACCUUCCGAAGCUCACAAGCGAAGAAGCCCAAGCGGAGAUGGACGAAGCGCUCAAAGCUGCAGUCGUCUCAGUGCUUUGA